CCUCGCUCGCCCGCCUUGCCGCCUGCCGCCGCUGCCUGGCGGUCAGAGGGUCGCGCUCGCGCUCGCUGCACACGGCACUGAGUCCACUCGUCACGCCGUCCUCAUCCCUCAUCGACGACGCCGCCGACGACGACAUCGACUCGCUGCUUCUUAACCAGGCCGCCACCACUUGCAAUUUCCCCUCUCGAGGGGAUUGCGACGGCAUCGUCUGCGCAGCGACUCGAUCCGCCCUAAGCCGCUACCUCCAUCCUCCCCUGCUUAGCCUCGUUGGCUGCUGCGCCCACUGCCCCUCGCCGCUCGCCGCCCGCCGCCCGCCACUCGCAACAUGGUGUCACUCACUUCAGUCCCCACGGCUCGAGACCGCGAACUCAAAGCUGGCGAACUCAUGUCCGACUCCGAGACCGAGUCCAACCUCUCGCGGCCACCCACGCCUGAGCGUCAUCACUACCCAAAGCAUCGAUUGAGCGGUAUGCAGAGCAAGGACGGCAAAGCACUGAGGCACGAGCCUAGCGAGGAGGGUGGUAGGCUCGAGCUCGUACGAGAGCCUACGCCCUACGACACCACCAAAGCUCCCAACGUCAAUGGAUCGACGUCAGAUCCUGCCGAGAUUGGCAAAGUGGCUGCCAACGCCGCCGCGAAUGGCGCAUCACCUCGACGUGCUGCGUCUCCAUCGCGAGCCUCAUCGCCGCCACCUCGAGCAAUGUCGCCCCCUCCCAAGGUGGCUGCCACGACCAAGGUGAGCAACAACACGCUCAAGGGAGGCAAUGGAGGCUUCACGCCGCCUCCGUUCGUGUCCAACAACUCGACGUCGUCUCUGGCAACGAUCAAGCAGCCACCUGCGCAGCCAGCCGGGCAGCAUGCCGAGGCGGCGCAGCAACAUCAGCAGGGGCGCGACAAGGGUGAGCGUGAGGGGGGGCGCGGUAUUUUGAAGCGCAUGCUUUCUGGCGGACACGAGAAGGACCGAUCUGGGUCCGGCCAACAUUCGCCCUCGAGAAUACCAAACAACCGCUCAGCAUCCGCCUACACCCAUGGCACUCGCUCUCCCUCUGCAUCGACCCCGCCGGGCACGCCCAAGCACGAGCACGUCGGCACUCCGGAUGGAGCGAGUCUCAUGCACGCAGUCCAGUCGAUGAACCUCAAUACCGGCGAGAAGCGGGACGGGCAAUCACCAAGCGUAUCGCAGCCUCCUAGUCGAGCUCAGUCAAUCAAGAGGCAAGUCGCUGGCGGCAGGGAGCCAUCUGAGAGCGGAGCGUCAUCGUCAGAUGCUGGGGGCAAUCGCCUUACAGCCGCAGCGCUCCGCGAUAUGGAGUCGAAGUCGAGCAAGCAAGCAGCUCCACCAAAGGACAAGGAUGCUCGCUCUACGGCCUCGUCCACGCUGCGCGACAUGAUCGCCGGCCUGGGCGGCUCUGGUCCCGGCAAGCUCGCACGUCGUGGCUCCAAUGUCUCUCACGGCGCUCGCUCAGAUAAGUCUGGCUCAGAAAAGGGCGGCGGCUCGCAGGCAGGCGAUGGCAAAGGUUGGGGUAAAGGCUCAACAGCAGGCAGUGAGAAUACCACUUCGCUGCUCAAGAAGUACGGCGUCUGCGAAAAGGCCGCCAUCGGCAAGGGAGCCACGGCUGUCGUCCGCCUCGCUCACAAGUGGGACCGCAGCACCGAGAAGCUCUACGCGGUCAAGGAAUUUAGAAAACGUCGCAAAAACGAGACCGAAAAGGAGUACGUCAAGAAGCUGACCUCGGAGUUCUGUAUCUCCUCGACACUCCACCACAUCAACAUCGUCGAGACGGUCGACCUAGUGCAGGACGAGAAUCGGCACUGGUGCGAGGUUAUGGAGUACUGCCCCGGCGGAGACCUCUACGCUGCGAUCAAGCGCGGUGGCAUGAGUCAGGGCGAGGUCGAGUGCUGCUUCAAGCAAAUUCUGAACGGUAUCGCCUACCUCCACUCAAUGGGCGUGGCGCAUCGCGAUAUCAAGCCGGAAAACCUGCUACUGGACGCCAGCGGCCACGUGAAGAUCACCGACUUUGGCGUGUCAGACGUCUUCCGCAUGUGCUGGGAGAAGUCGACCCACUACUCCAAGGGACUCUGCGGUUCUGAGCCCUACAUUGCGCCGGAGCAGUUCGAGGCAAAGGAGUACGACGCUCGCCUCGUCGACGUCUGGGCGGCUGCUGUCGUCUUCUACUGCAUGCAGUUUCAAGAACUCCCGUGGAGAGUAGCAAAGAUGUCAGAUCCGACGUUCAAGGAGUUUGUCCACUCGUACCACGGAUCGCCCGCUCCAUCCCCGCUCUCCAAUCUGAGCCCACGCGAGUGUCGACCUCUCCUCAAGAAGAUGCUCUGCCCGGAUCCCAAGGGACGGUGGGGGCUCGAUGAGAUCCUCAAGGAUCCGUGGCUGCAGAGCGUGCCGCUUUGCGAGAAUGGCGUGUCGACGGAGCACAAGCAUCACAUUGUCCAGGCGACGGUCGUUUCCACGCGUGGCGACAAGGAUGGCUGAGCGCACGAGAUGGCAAGGGGUGGUGAUGAGGCGGCGUACAGAAGAGCAUUGCAACCGGCUUCUCCUGUAUACCACCUUUGCUCCUCUUGCGGGGCCGGUCAUUACGCCAAGCUUACUUCUCUCUGCGCCUCCCAUACCUACACUGCGCUCCUCUCUUCUACACCUUGCUUUGCGUCUCGUAUCAUCUCUCGUGUCUCCUCCUUCUCGCCAUGAUACAAUCGUAAUGACAGCUUUCGGAC